AACUCAGUUUGGCGUCCCUUUCGCAAAAAUGAUCAGCUGGAUGGAAGUUGACGGAUCAGGGAUACGUGUGCUACAAAUUCCAUGAAUGAGAUUUGAGGUUGACUUCAUUCUUGGUUUACAUGUCGAUGUCUUGGUUCAGCUUAAUCCUUGAUGGGUAUAGCACGCAUAUCAUCAUAAAAGGUAAGUCUAUAUAAGAUCGUCAUGCCGUGUCAUGAGACACGGUGAUACAUUCUUCGAAAAUUCUCUUUACUAGUUUGCAACCUUGAUCUACCAAGAUAACUCUAUCCUUCCGACCUUCCGUCUCCCUUCCUACCCCCUUCCCAGCUUGCUGGGCCUCACCCAAGGGUCAUAAUGUAUACCGCUCUUGCUCCUCUGAUAUCGGCUGCCUUUCUCACUAGCAUUGCCGCUGCUCUUCCAGCGCCGACUCGAACCUUGGAAGAACGAGCUGUUACCGCGUCUGUGGUUAUAUCACAAGGCACCGUUGUCGGUUCCGUUAUUGGCGGAGUCGAGAAUUAUGGCGGUAUACCCUUUGCCGAACCUCCCACAGGGAAUUUGCGGCUGAAGCCGCCGCAGAGACUGAAUUCUACUCUCGGCACUUUCGACGCUACUGGAAUUGGCCCAUCUUGUCCACAAAUGUUCUUCUCUACAAAGGGGGAUCUUAUUACCUCUGUGCUAGGCGAUCUCAUCAACACACCACUGUUGCAGACUGUUACGGGACAAACAGAGGACUGCCUAACCAUGAGAGUCCAACGACCAUCAGGUACUACAUCGAACUCGAAGCUUCCCGUUUUCUUCUGGAUUUUCGGGGGUGGCUUCGAACUUGGUAGCCCUCAGAUGUAUGACGCUUCAUCCUUAAUCGCUAAUGGCGUAAAACAAGGAAAGCCAUUCAUCUUCGCUGCCGUGAACUACAGAGUGGGUGGCUUCGGAUUCCUGGCUGGUAAAGAAAUUCUCGCAGACGGUGCAUCCAACUUAGGCCUUUUGGAUCAGCGAAUGGGCCUCGAAUGGGUACAAGACAACAUCGCAGCAUUUGGAGGAGACCCGGAUAAGGUGACUAUCUGGGGCGAGUCGGCCGGUGCUAUCUCCGUGUUUGAUCAAAUGGCCCUCUACGGCGGACAGAACACUUACAAAGGGAAGAAGCUUUUCCGCGGUGCUAUUAUGAAUAGCGGAAGCAUGAUCCCUACAGAUCCGGUAGACUGUGAUCGCUGCCAGGAUAUAUACGAUACUGUAGUCAGAGAGGCGGGAUGCUCCGGCGUUACUGAUACACUUGCAUGCCUUCGCAGUGCUGACUACAAGACAUUCCUUAAUGCCGUGAAUAGCGUUCCUGGAAUCCUCAGUUAUAAUUCUGUUGCAUUAUCGUACCUACCACGACCAGAUGGCGUUAUCCUACCAGAAAGCCCCGACCUCCUCGUUGCCAGUGGUCAGUACGCAGCCGUGCCGAUGAUUAUUGGUGAUCAAGAAGACGAGGGAACAAUUUUCAGCCUGUUUCAGUCCAACAUCACAACUACGGAUCAGCUUGUCGAUUAUAUAUGGAAGAUAUUCUUUCCCGCUGUCGAAAGAGAUGACGUUGUGGGCCUAGUCAACACUUAUGAUGCAUCGAUUACAGCUGGAAGUCCCUUCAAUACGGGUAUCUUUAAUGCCGUAUACCCACAGUUUAAACGCCUUGCAGCCAUUCUCGGGGAUAUGGUAUUCACCCUUACACGCAGAACCUUCCUCCAGAGUGCUCUCGCUGUGAAUCCAAACGUGCCGUCAUGGUCCUACCUUGCGUCGUACGAUUACGGCACCCCGAUACUAGGCACAUUCCACGCCUCUGACAUACUGCAAGUCUUUUACGGUAUACUCCCAAAUUACGCUAGCAAGGCUAUCCAGAGCUACUACAUUUCGUUCCUGUACACACUGGAUCCCAACAACGGGACAAGCUCCGAUAUCCAGAAGUGGCCUCAGUGGAAGGAAAACAGGCAAUUGAUGCAGUUCUGGAAUAACAAGAGUAACUUACUGGCCGACAACUUCAGGGCCGCUUCCCAGCAGUACAUAAUCGCAAAUUCCAAGAAAUUCUUAAUCUAACGUUGCAUUUUUAAAUGGGUUAUCAUGUAGGGAUUUGGCGUUAAUCGAGGAUGGGCACGUGAACUGAUCUGGCGAUUCUUGAGGACACAUGUUUUUAAGCGGAUAUUCCGGUCUGAGAUCGCAGUCAUGUCGAGAAGCGCAUUAUCAAAAAAAGGAAAAUCAAAAUGAGUGGGAAAAUAUGAGAGGAAAAUAUUACCGGGAAUCUAAGGCACGAGAGCUGAGGGUGCUAUAGAUAAGGGUACUUGAUGCGAUGAGGGCGUGACGAUAGUGUGGGGCCAUCUCAAGCAUCGGCAAGGUUGCGUUGAUUUAAAAAUUCAAGGUAGCAAUUCCAGGGAUUUUGAUCAAGAUAGCCCGAGGAGAGGGGAAUGUAACAUCGCUGACCGACACCAUGCCCUUGAAGCAUCUCGUAUCGUACCUACCUAGUGCUUAAGCUUCAUUGCCAACAAUGCGGUUCCCCUUACUGUUAGCC